GGAAGUAGAGGUUGAGCCAUGGCGCCUGUUGGUUACUUGGAGCCGGUGUGUACCCGCAGCGGGGUUUUAUGAGGGCCGUUUGGAGAGGAGUGGGAGACACGCCCCGGCGGUCUGUUCGUUGGCCCUCUUGCAGCCGGAUUGUCCGACAAUAUGGGUAUUAUAGGUGUGCAAUUAGUGGUUACUAUGGUAAUGGCCAGUAUCAUACAGAAGAUCACACCUCACUACUCACUUGCUCGCUGGUUGCUUUGUAAUGGAAGUUUGAAAUGGUAUCAGCAUCCUACAGAAGAACAACUUCAGGCCCUUGCUGGAAAACACCAAAAAGCAAAAUCCAGGAAAGACAGGAAGUACAAUGGGCACAUAGAAAGCAAGCCACUGACUGUUCCUAAGGAUAUUGACCUGCAUUUGGAAGCAAAGACCAUUACAGAGGUGGAUACACGAGUUCUCCAUUAUUUCCCUGAGUACCAGUGGUUGGUGGAUUUUGCUGCUUCAGCCACAGUUGUUUAUAUUAUUACAGAAGUCUACUACAGCCUGACAAACCCUCACAAUGAGAUGAAUAUUAGCAUAGUUUGGUGCUUGCUUGUCCUUGCCUUUGUUUUUAAGGCACUGUUUUCUCUGACAACUCACUACUUUAAAGUGGAAGAAGGUGGAGAGAGGUCAGUCUGCAUCACAUUUGGCUUUUUCUUCUUUGUAAAAGCCAUGGCAAUCCUAAUUGUGACUGAGAACUAUCUGGAGUUCGGACUCGAGACAGGGUUUGCAAACUUUUCGGACAGCGCUUUGCAGUUUCUUGAGAAACAAGGCCUUGAAUCCCAGGGCCCUGUCUCGAAACUGACCUUUAAAAUGUUCCUGGCUAUUUUUUGCGCUUUCAUUGGUGCAUUUUUGACAUUUCCUGGCCUGCGGUUGGCUCAAAUGCAUCUGGAUGCCCUGAAUCUUACAAAUGAAAGGCUAACACAGACUUUGUUCCAUAUAAACUUCCUGUCGCCACUAAUUAUAGUACUCCUCUGGGUGAAGCCUAUUACAAAAGACUAUAUCAUGAAUCCACCACUCGGUAAAGAAAGUAUUCCUUUAAUGUCAGAGACUGCAUAUGAUUCGUUAAGACUGUGGGUUAUUGUCCUACUUUGUGUUCUCCGACUGGCCUUAAUUCGGCAACAUUUACAAGCAUACCUCAACUUGGCGCAGAAGGGUGUAGAACAGAUGAAGAAAGAGGCAGGGCGAAUCAGCACUAAGGAUCUACAAAAAAUGGUUGCCCGGGUUUUCUACUAUCUUUGCGUGAUUGCACUUCAGUAUGUAGCACCUAUGAUUAUGCUUCUUCAUACAACGCUGCUUUUAAAAACCCUGGGUAACCAUUCCUGGGGUGUCGUCUCAGAGACUUGCGUGUCUCCUACGGAGAUUGCUGAAGCAACCAGUACUGACCAUUCAACUACUAUUAACGCUAAUGAAAAUAAGAAGCUAACAGUUACACAAAUAACAGUAGCUUUGGGUGGUCUGCAAAACGUUUUCACUCCAUUACUGUUCCGAGGUCUGCUCUCCUUUCUAACUUGGUGGAUUGCAGCUUGCCUGUUUUCCACAAGUCUUUUCGGUCUUUUCUAUCAUCAUUACCUAACAGUUGCAUAAAUGACGGGCAUAAUAAAGCUGGACUUCAAAAUACUCCUCUAGAUUUGAACCUAAAGUCAAAGUCACUUCUUUGGGGUUAGAACAAAAAGAAAACUUCAAACCAUUUUGGAAACAACAGAUCGCUGAUGCACAGAGCACAGAUAAACCUGCUCACUUCAAAUGCUUCCUCUGGGUCUCAGGGUGAAUAAAUGUCUUAACAGUUUGAAAACUAAAAACAGAAGUGAUGUUGUGUUUCUAAUCAUAGAUAGGUCAUUUAUCACUUUGAUGGGACUUUGGGAUUACUGGAGGUUAUCAACAUAAAAUGACUUACCCUAUUUGAUUGGUAAACCUGUAGGACAGAAACAAUGGUAUAGCUAUGAAUAAGGUUAAACUUUGAUCAUCUUAAAUUCCCAUCUUUACUAAUAUAUUUGAAUUUGCUGUGAAACUACAAAAUGAGUUUCUAAAUUUCAAGUAUAGUCAAAAUUUAGCGAAGGAGUAGAAAAGCAACAUAAUGCAUCUAUUGCAAUUAACUUUGCAAAACACUAGUCUGGCUAAUGUAAGGUUUAAUUUGCAUAUCACCAUUUUGUUGCCUUUCAGUAUUUUUCAAUAUGCAUAUAACCGGACCCUGUUUAUCAAUUUCAGAAAUGUAGUUAUGUAAACAUAAAUGGGAAGGUAAUCUCUUCCCUUUUUUAAGUUAUAGAAGCAUUGAGAUCUACAUCAUUGCAGAAGGCUCUUUGGCCCAUUUAGUCUACACCAGUCAAAAACAGCCACUUAACUAUUCUAACCACAUUUUCUAACUCUUUGCCCAUAGCCUUGUAUGCCUUGAUAUUGCAAAUGUGCAUCUAAAUACUUCUUAAAUGUUAUGAGGGUUUCUGCUGUACUGCCUUCACAGGCGGUGAGUUCCAGAUUGCCACCACCCUCUGGGCCUAAAAUCUUAUUCUCUCAUCCCUAUAAAUCUUCUGCUUUUGAAAUAUAUCCAUGGUCAUUGAUCCCUCCACAAAAGAAAAGAUUUUCUUCACCUCCCAAGUGUAUAUGGGCCUUGUUGUAUCUGUGCUAAUCCCAUAGGAUCUUUGAAUAUAGCUUGAUGGGUUGACUUUUAAAUGGUUGCAAAUUUUGAACUAAUGAUGGUAAGCAAAUCUAGUUGAGUAAUAAAAAAAAUUGUCAGAUUCCUAAAACUGAGCCAUAAGUUAAAAUCAGUCAUGUUUAUCCUUCUGUUGGGCAAUCCAGAAUUGUUCAGUGUGAAGGUGGCAUUCCACUUUGCAGUUGGAAUCUAAGUAUAACUACUGUAUAUUACAGUAAAAGUUAAAUAUUUCAGACUUUUAAGGGAACAAAUUUAUUUGAAUUUGUGGUUAUAGCUGUAAGAAAGCUUGAUUUAUUGCUUGCUGUACGGUGAUGUUUUUUCAGAGCUUAUUGCUUUGGUAUUGUCUGAACAAGCCUUGCAGUACCACAGAACUGACACUCUGGCUGUAUGAAUACAGGAAGCAUGUGUUUAUAAAGCACAUCAACUAUGCAUUAAAUGGAAAGAUGCUCCCCAAUUCUUACUUAACACUGUCAUAUCUAGUGAAUGAGUCAUUCUUUGCUGAAUAUUGAAUUUUUUUGCUUGUUUGAUUUUGCAGCAGCUGAACUUCUUCACAAUAUAAUCUGCUGCCAAAUUCUGAUUUUUAUUUUAGACAAAGUUGCAUGAUAAAUGAAAUCU